GUUCAACUACGAUUCUGUUUCUUCAAAGUGAGUAAUGUGGUUCUAAGGGUUUAGUCCAGACUGAGUUUCAUAAGUAUGUAAAAAUUUUGGAAAACUUGAGACUGCAAUUACAAGAUGUCAAGAAGCGGAUUAUUUGAUAUCAGUUCCUUUUAACAGUGGACGCCUUGAAGAAGUUGGACAGUGCGGCUGGAGUACUACUGGACAACGACGUGGAGAAAGAUAUGUUGCAUGUAGGCAAUUAUCUCAAAAGCCUGCACAUAAUUCAAGAUGACAUUGACAAGAUUCACCCGCUUGGUCAGGAACUGACCAAGCGGCAUUGGCUGCAUCCUUGGAACUCGCUGACGGUUGCGCACGAUGCGGCAGGCUAUGACGUUCCCAGGUUCACCAGAGUGCUCAUCGACAGACCCGCUCGCAUUCGAUCCUGUUGGAUUCCUCAUCCACGCUAUCAGCACUCAGGGUCGAAACUUCCGGACGAAGGAUCUGCCCCGGAAUGAACUUCGGCCUGGUCCUGGUCUACUUCACGCUGGCUCGACUCCCGCACGCAUGUGAAGUCUCUCUUCCGGCCGACAUGAAUCCCCAUAAUCUGGCCUGCAAAGAAAGGCCCGGCUCCGCCUCGCCCGAAAAGAGUGUUGCAAGUUUUUCAACCUUGAGUCUAAUUCAAUCAAACAUCAAAAUAGAUCCAAUAGAGCAGAGCCCCAAACAUAAGACGACGAGUGAACACCGCGAACAUAGAUUCACGCCGUUUUGCAAGAAGGGAGCCAAUCUUCCAUUCUGCGCGUCGAACACGAUACUUCAAUCAAUCCAUCCAGAUUCUACGAGGGCGAAAUCACAGUUUCACGCGAUACUUCGACGACCUGCUCUUCGAGCGAUGGCGAGGCCGAGCACGAUGUUCGUCAGAUUGGGCAUGAGACGACCGAAGUAUCCUUCAUGAACAGCAGAUUCGAGCCGCGCCAUUUUCAAUCGUUAACGUGCGCGUGAAGAAGCGUCGAGAUUUCGAAACCGUCACUCUCGUCCUGACGCGGAGCCCGUUGCGCGGUUCGAACAUGUGGCGGUGGAGCAUACGUGGAUGAACGGCACUGGCCACGGGCAGCCCCAGCGUCUGCAGCGCACCGACAACGUCUCACGCAAGACGCGCCUCGUCUCGUGCGGCAAGGCUCGGAAGAUGAAACGGACGAGGGAUGCUCGAUGCAGGUGAUCCGAAGGGCUUCGGGGUUCGCUCGGGUGACCGGUUGAGUGACGGAUUUGGACUCGAUGGGCGAGCCGUGUGCGAGGUUGGUGGUGCAGCGACCGGAUUGCACCGGUGGAACAGGGGUCAUCUACGUCAGGAGUCGAUGGUUCGCUUCUCACUUCAAUCUGUCGAUUUCCGAUGGAUUGAACGCCUGGACUUGCCAGCCUUCUCCGGAGGAGGUAUCCAGGAAGGCUUUCAGCUGGGAUUACACCGUAACGCAGUAUCUCGAUCAAGCCAAAGAGCACCUUGACCACCAGAAUCCUGAUUGCACCUACUCUUUCACAUCUGUCGGAGACGGCGGGAGAAAGCUGUCGUGGACUCUGGAGAAGGAUGGCGUGCGGCUCGUUGCCCAUUGGAAAGCAGAGAAGUCGCUCGAUCCGAGAGAAACCACAUGCACCAUUAUGGACUGCCUCAUGGAAUGGAGCUCAAGACUCAGUGAGGAGUUGCAGAGCAAGAUAAAAUCUUUUGAGAACAUGAAAGCCGAGGCCACGCGAUUGACGGCCCAAACUCAGAAAUUCAGGGACCAAAAAAUUCAGUUCGAAGAUGACAUCUAUAGGAAGUUUGUAGCUGUAUUAAACUCUAAGAAAGCGAAGCUUCGUGAACUCCGAGCUGAGGCUUUGCGAAUACCAUCUCCUAGCAAGAAAAAAGAUAAAGACGACGAAGUGGUAGAGGAAACAGACACUGAAGACGAGCUCGAUGAGAGCGACGAGGAAGGUAAAGACAACGAGCUUUCCCAAAAGCGGAGACGACUAGAAAGUACAGCAGCCGAGGUGGAGGAAGCGGCAGCUGCAGACAGCCAAGCAACAGAAUUAUACCGAGACUCACCGACCGGAGAUGAAGUGUCCAGCAUCAAGAGGGAAUUAGACCAAGAAGCUUCUGCCUCCACCGUCAUGACAGACAAAAAACAGGAACCAAAGCAUCCAAAGCACGUGACUGCUGAAGCAAGUCCGCCAAAAGUCGGAGCUGAAGCAUUAACAGAUGCCGCAACUCUACUCGGUGGAUCGACUUACACCAGUGCUCCAAGGAGAAGAAGGCGUUAGGCCUUGUAUCCUGUUCACGGAUGAUUUAUUCACCAUUUACCGAAGAGAAGUGGAGUGACCAAGUGGCGUUUCCAAACAACUUUUCUCUGGGACGGAAGGGUCCAGUCAUGCUCAUAACGAUACAUUCGAUCGGAGAGCUGCUUCGUUCCACCUGGUCAGCUCUAGCCCUAGAGUGUCGAAGUAAAACCCGCAUGUGCAGAUCAGACAGUGGACAACUAAUGCAAAUCUGUAAGCAUCCGAAGCAAUCACGUGGAGAAACUCGAAUCUUAAAGCGCAAGGCGAACGAUGAAGGACUGAAGGCUAAUUGUCAGAGGAAAUGAAUCCCUUCGGAGGAGAAAUUUAUAAUGCAAAUUGGGCACGAAACAAAGACUGAUCGAGAUUACCGUCUUCCUGCAAGCGUUAAAUGUCGAGAAUGGAAGGAAGAGACUUGGUGCAAUGAACUAUACUUCAUUGAGCAUCGAUACUCAGUUUCAUAGUCAUGUCUCGUCCAAGGUCAGAUCCAUGUACAUAUACAUAAAAAUACACAUAUAACCACAUA